AUGGCGAGGAUUCUGACGCUGGAGGAUCAGCUCGGGGGAGUGAGACCGAGGGCUCUUCCGCAUCCGGAGCCAGCAAGGGGAGCAAGAGGACAGCCCCUUGAUUCGAUCACUUCUAGGGUAGAAUGCUUUAUAUUCCCCGUGGUGCUAUGUUUUGGCACUCUCAACGAUGAUGUUUACAUGUCUCAACCACCGGGAUUCAUUGAUCGUGACAAGCCCUCCUUUGUUUGCAAGCUUCAAAAAGCUAUAUAUGGACUCAAACAAGCACCGAGAGCAUGGUACAAAGAGCUUUGUUCUUUCUUUCUCGCAACUGGCUUCAUCAAUGCUCUCUCGGACACUAGCCUCUUCAUCCUUCUUCACGGUGACACCUCCAUCUAUUUGCUUGUUUAUGUUGACGAUAUCAUCAUCACCAGAAAUCAACCAACGGCGAUUCGAAAAUACAUUGACAUGCUUGCAUCGAGAUUCUCCUUGAAAGAUCUUGGCAAUCUUUCUUACUUUAUUGGCGUAGAAGUUACUAAAACAAAGACGGGCAUUCUUCUAACUCAAGAACGCUAUAUUACGGACCUCCUUACUCGGCAUAUGAUGCAAGAUGUCAAGCCAGUUUCAACACCCAUGUCUUCGACCGCGAAACUGUCCCUCCACUCCGAAUCAAAACUUGAUGAUGCAACCCGAUACCGAAAAGUUAUUGGUAGCCUACAGUAUCUCAUGCUCACUCGCUCGGACAUUGUUUACUCGGUGAAUAAGCUCUCUCGCUACAUGCAUUGUCCGACAACCGAGCAUUGGCAAGCCGCGAAACGGAUUCUCCGCUAUCUUGGGGGUACUCGGUCGCAUGGCAUUCAUUACUCCCGCAAUAACGUUUCCUCUUUACAUGCUUAUUCGGAUGCGGAUUGGGGUGGUGAUCGCGAUGAUUUUAGCUCAACCGGCGGCUAUAUUGUCUACCUAGGCAGCCAUCCUAUUUUAUGGUCAUCGAAGAAGCAAAAAUUUGCGGUCAAAUCUUCAACGGAAGCCGAGUAUAAGUCGGUUUCCUCAACGGCUUCCGAGGUCCAAUGGGUAACGCUCUUCUAUCCGAGCUUAGAGUCUCUAUUCUAUCUAUUCCGGUGA